AUGCCUAUUGUCGCUUUACUCGACGAGACGACAGUCGUGCCCGACGAAACCAACAAGACUUACCCCUGGCUGGAGAACAGCAAGUACCCCUGGCUCGGCGGUCUCGACCUCGACGACUUUUCAGGCGACUGGGUAGCCGCAGCCCACUCAAUUAGCUCAUCCAUCCUCUCCCCCAACCACGGCACCGGAAACUCAAGUGAUGCCACUGUCAACAGCCCUCUAUAUGAGCCGUUCACCACUAAGAAUGUUGUGGAUAGAGCCCAUGCUUUGGGUAUGCAGGUUAUUCCUUGGACUGUGGACGCCGAGGUGACCAUCAGCAAAUUGCUCGAUGACGGCGUUGAUGCUAUCAUCAGCAACUAUCCCGAGAGAGUCAUGUAUGUGGCUAGACAAAGAGGUUUGAGCGUGGGAAGAGCCAGGAACCCGAGUAAGCCGGAGUGUCUGGCCAACGCAUCCGCUUGA